AUGGCAGGAUUGGGAGAAAGGUUAUCUUCGGCGAUUAGUUUUUAUAGUACAUCAACAAUUCGAAGGCCUUCAUCUUUGAAUGAACCCGAUUAUAGGGCACAAUAUGAUCGGGCCUUGAAACUGGGUGGAUUUCCUGGUGGGUUAUGCAAUGAUGGCAACACGUGCUUUAUGAACUCGGUGUUACAGAGUCUUGCUUCGUCCAAUGAGAUUGUUGAUUUUUUACAGAACUAUACCGAUAACAAGGAAAAUGCGAGCUUUUCAAAAAGUGUGACACCGUUUUCUGAUGCUCUUCUGGAUUUACUAAGCAAGUUAAAUGCCAAACAUGGUAAUAAGACUCCUACUUAUAAGACUAAGAGGCUUCUUAAGACCAUGAAUUAUGGUCCCAACAAGAAUCUCUUUCUAGGAUAUAAUCAAGAGGAUGCUCAAGAGUUCUAUCAAAGUUUAAUGAAGCAGGUAGAAAAGGAGUACAAGAUCACAAAAGAACCGAGUACUAAGAAGCUUCGACAGACGAGUCCCGAGAAAGGCAGCGAAAAGGUACACGAUAAGUUUGUGGACCGUGAGCCUGGAAUGUAUAAAGGAUUGGACAACAUUGGGGAAUUAGGCAACAUCUAUGUGCCGGCUGUUCAAGUUGAUCCCGAUUACCCUAAUGUUCAGGAAAAGGUUUAUCCACUGAACUUGAUAACUCCUGUAGAUGGACUUCUGUGUGAACGUAUUGGAUGUACAAGAUGUGGAGAAACCGGUGGUAUUAGAUACUCUGUAACAUCUGGCUUGGGAUUAACUCUACCUUCACUUUCGAAGCCGCAAUAUCGACUUGACGAGCUCUUGGAUGACUGGAUUCAUCCUGAGAUGAUUGACGGUGUCGAGUGUAAUAGAUGUGGAUUGGAAAAUAUGAAGGAAGCUUUAGAAAAGAAACUGGUCAAGUUCAAGCAAACAAAUAGAGAUGGAAAGAUGGAUAAGCUCGUCAAUUUAGCAGAACAACGAAUUUUAGAGAUAACUGACGAGUUAUCAAUGCCAAUUAUUAAUGAUGAAGAUUAUGAUAGAAUGCAUACAAAGAACAUGGUGAAGAAAUCUACCAAAAUUAAGCAGGUUUACUACUCUAGACCUCCUGCUUUACUUUGUAUUCACGUGAAUCGUUCUGUGUUUGAUCCCAGAACUUAUAUGGUACGCAAAAAUAACGCCAGGCUUAUCUUUCCGUUGAAGUUAAACAUGACUGAUUAUGUUGCUUUGCCUGAUGAUAUCAAUAUGGAUGCCAGGUUACCGUUUAGAAAGCAAGAUGAGAAGACGUCUUUGCGUGAUGAGACGAUUGCCAAUUCGAAUGGGGCCGAGACUUUGCCUUCGCCGUCACCGUCACCAUCAUUAUCAUCAUCGUCGUCAUCAUCAUCAUCAUCAUCAUCUUCACCUAACUAUGAAGAAGAUCCUUUCAAACAAAAAAUCAGCACUUCUAACCCAGAUACAAGGCUAAAUUACUCUUUGAAGUCGGUGAUCUCCCACUUUGGUACACACAAUUAUGGUCAUUACAUCGCUUAUAGAAAGUUUAGGCAGACAUGGUGGAGAAUCAGUGAUGAAAUCGUUCGGUUAUCCAGCGAGGAUGAAGUUCUCAAUUCUCAGGGAACGUUUAUGCUUUUCUAUGAGUUAUCCAGUAGAAAUGACGAGAAAGAUGAAGCUGCUGAAAAAGAUACAGUUUCGGAAUCAUUAGAGAUUCCUAAUUCUAGUGAUGAAAAUUUGAUGAUGUCCAGUGAUGACAAUAAUGAUCAUCAAGACAGCGACUAUGAGAGCAGCAGCGAUAGUGAUAGUUAUAAUGGUUACACUAAUGAUGACGACGCCAACAGAGGCUCAUAG